UCUUCACUUUGAGUUCGUUGUUCGUUUGUUUCGUGUCGUCGGUUGGAAUUAUCCUGUCGCAAGGUCCUAAUCGGAAAUCAAGUGAGCGACGGCCCCUGUGUAGUUGAUCCUUUCUUUGACUCUGAGUACUGUUGUACUGUGUUGUGUUGCAAAACUUGAGUGACUUUGAAUAGAUAAACAUUCAGAAAAGAUAAACUUUGAAUUGGAUUCGUGAAGUGUCGUGUGAAAGAUAACAUUUCAAGAUGCAAGGAUUUCGCAAUUACGGAAUUGAUGGACACAUGCAAGGACGAGAUCAGCAGCAAAUCGUUGUGGAUUUACUUCCUUCGCAAUACACGAAGCCUGCAACGCCACCACUAUCGCCUCAAGAAUGUUCGAGCCCGCAAUCUGGCGAUGUGAAAGGGAAUGGUCAGAUCCCUGCCGAUCCAGCGGUCCGGCGAUACAGAACUGCCUUCACACGGGACCAGUUAUCCCGCCUAGAGAAGGAAUUCUACAAAGAAAACUAUGUUUCGCGGCCAAGGAGAUGUGAACUGGCAGCACAGCUCAACUUACCAGAGUCCACAAUCAAGGUUUGGUUCCAAAACCGUCGCAUGAAGGACAAACGGCAAAGGAUUGCUGUAGCGUGGCCCUACGCUGCCGUUUAUUCAGACCCUGCAUUUGCAGCAUCGAUCCUUCAGGCAGCCGCCAAUAGUGUGGGAAUGCCAUAUGGCUACCCUCCUAACCCAAUGAUGCCUCCGGUCAUGCCAACCCAGAUCCCAGCCGCAACUCAACAAUUCGGCUAUGGAUAUCGAUAUUCACCGUACCAUCUACCCCAGCGCACGGCUCCAAUGCCAAUUCCAGCUUCGGCGGCGGCAGCUGCUGCGGCCGCGGCCGCGGCUUCUUACCCUUCCAUGCUAGCAGGUAGCAUUCCUCAUGGGUACCAGCCACUUACAGUUGCGAAGCCGCACACCCCACCACAUGACCAUCAGUCGUCCUCGUCGCCUCAUUCAACACUCUCGCUGAGUCCUGUCGGCUCCGAUCCCGGUUCGAAACUCUUCAGCGACAGUGGGAGUAGUCCUGUUCGAUCAUCAUCACUUCAGCUGUCAGGACACCAUCCCGGUUUAUUGAUGCCUGCGCCAACACAAUCAAUCCCGCAGACCACCCUUCUCCCGUCAUCGCAUGAGAAACCGAAGCUUUUCAAACCAUACAAAUGCGAAAGUUGAAGGGAUUAAUCCCUCCCCCAUUUGUGGAGCGGCCGCUUGUGACCUCCAAAGCGGUCUCGGCAGUUAGGAGACGGAGGUGCUGUGAUGUUACCAAAAUUUAGUUUUAGAAUUUUUUCUAAUUUAUUUUUGAUUAAUUUUUGUAUUAUAAAUACCGCCUAUAGUUGGAUUACCGCAUUGAAGACCUGAAAAUCGCAAAUUGUUGUAAUUAAUAGUUUUAAGGUGCAAUCGUGGAAGCAAGCCGGGUUCGUUUGUAUCAAACGCACCCCGGGCAUUGCGACUUCAGUUGGAAAUAAAAACCGGAGGCACUGGUGUCUCCCUGGAUCACUAUAAAA